GCCAUCACGACCGCCCACCCCUUCACACAACAACCUCCAGUAGCAGCCAGGAUGAGUAUCAUGGAGUACUCUGGCGGUACAUGCGUAGCCAUGGUCGGUAAAGACUGUGUUGCUAUUGCCUCUGACCUGCGACUCGGCCAGCAAGCGCUCACCAUUGCAAACAACUUUCCCAAAAUCUUCCCAGCAACAGAGAAGACACUCCUUGGCUUGACGGGCCUUGCGACAGAUGUCAUCACCUUGUCGGAAUUGUUCAGGUACAAGAUCAACAUGUACAAGCUAAAAGAAGAGCGUACGAUUGAACCAAAGACGUUUGCGCAUCUCAUCAGUUCUACCCUCUAUGAACGCCGCUUUUCACCCUACUUCACGUACCCAGUCGUGGCAGGCCUCAACAGUAAGACGAAUAAACCCUACAUCUGCGGCUUUGACUCGAUCGGCUGCAUUGAUUUCGCACGCGAUUUUGUCGUUUCUGGAACAGCAACGGAUCAGUUAUAUGGUAUGUGUGAGUCACUGUGGGAGCCGAAUCUCGAGCCGGAGGAUUUGUUUGAGGUGAUUUCACAAGCGUUGCUCAAUGCGCAGGAUAGAGAUGCCUUGUCUGGUUGGGGUGCGGUGGUCUACAUUGUUACAAAGGACAGCAUCUCGAAACGCCUGCUCAAGGGGCGGCAGGACUAGGAGGAGUUACUUUGCCUGGUAGAUUGCCUGGUAGAAUAUCAAAUCAAGAUGAUGCGCUUCCUGUAGCUACCCCCGUGAAAGUUGCGGAUAGCCAUAUGUUGUCUCGAUGGCACCUGUAGCCGUCUAAAGGCC